AUGUGCUUUUUUUUUCUUUCUUUGGUUCUAUCUUUCUUUCUUUAUCUUUAUUUAUCUAAAAAAAUCAGGUCUUUUGAUCGUUAUCUAUUCAUCAUCAAUUUAUUUAUCUAUCUAUCUAUCAGUCUUUUAUUUUAUUUUAUUUCAUGUUAUCUAUCAUUCAUCUAUCGUUUUUAUUUUAUUUUAUCUAUCUAUCUAUCUAUCUAUCAAUCUAUCUAUCUAUCUAUUCAUACAAUAGUAUCUAAAACAUUGAUACAUAACUGCAUUUUCUGUUCAUUAUCUUUCUACUUAUUUUUUUAUUUUAUUUUAUUUCAUUUAUUUUAUUCAUUAUCUAUCUAUCUAUCAGUCUUUUUAUUUUAUUUUAUUUCAUGUUAUCUAUCUAUUAUCAUAUCUAUCUAUCUAUCUAUCUUCAGUUUUUUUUUUUUUUAUUCAUCUUCUAUCUAUCUAUCUAUCUAUCUUUUAUUUUAUUUUAUUUAUCUAUCUAUCUUUUUAUCUUUUUUAUUUCAUGUUAUUUUCUAUUUUAUUCAUCUAUUCAUCUAUUUUUUUUUUUAUUUUAUUUUAUCAUAUCUAUCUCUAUCUAUCUAUCUAUCUAUCAGUCUUUUUUUAUUUUAUUUUAUUUCAUGUUAUCUAUCUAUCUAUCUAUCUAUCUAUCAUUCAUCUAUCUGUCUUUUAUUUUAUUUUAUUUUAUUAUUCAUCUAUCUAUCUAUCUAUCUAUCUAUCAGUCUUUUAUUUUAUUUUAUCUAUCUAUCUAUCUAUCUAUCUAUCUAUCUAUCAGUCUUUUUUUUUAUUUUAUUUCAUUUAUCUCAUCUAUCUAUCUAUCUAUCUAUCAUCAGUUUUUUUUAUUUUAUUUUAUCUAUCUAUCUAUCUAUCUAUCUAUCAGUCUUUUAUUUUAUUUUAUUUCAUGUUAUCUAUCUAUCUAUCUAUCUAUCUAUCUAUCUAUCAGUCUUUUUUUUUUUAUUUUAUUUCAUGUUAUCUAUCUAUCUAUCUAUCUAUCUAUCUAUCUAUCAGUCUUUUUUUAUUUUAUUUCAUGUUAUCUAUUCAUUCAUAUCAUCUAUCAGUCUUUUUUAUUUUAUUUUAUUUCAUGUUCUAUUUCUAUCUAUCUAUCUAUCUAUCUUCAUCUUUUUAUUUUAUUUUAUUUCAUGUCUAUCAUCUAUCUAUCUAUCAGUCUUUUUUUUUAUUUUAUUUUUGUUUCUAUUCAUGUUUUUUAUUUUUCAUUUUAUCUAUCUAUCUAUCUAUCUAUCUAUCAUCUAUCUAUCAGUCUUUUUAUUUUAUUUUAUUUCAUGUUCUAUCUAUCUAUCUAUCUAUCUAUCAGUCUUUUUAUUUUAUUUUAUUUCAUGUUAUCUAUCUAUCUAUCUAUCUAUCUAUCUAUCAGUCUUUUUAUUUUAUUUUAUUUCAUGUUAUCUAUCUAUCUAUCUAUCUAUCUAUCUAUCUAUCUAUCAGUCUUUUUAUUUUAUUUUAUUUCAUGUUAUUUCUAUCUUUAUUUCAGUCUUUUAUUUUAUUUUAUUUCAUGUUAUCUAUCUAUCUAUCUAUCUAUCUAUCUAUCUAUCUAUCAGUCUUUUUUAUUUUAUUUUAUUUCAUGUUAUCUAUCUAUCUAUCUAUCAUCUCUUUUAUUUUUAUUUCAUCUAUCUAUCUAUCUAUCUAUCUAUCAUCUAUCAGUCUUUUUAUUUUAUUUUUUCAUGUUAUUUCUAUCUUCUAUCUAUCUAUCUUUUUUAUUUUAUUUUAUCUAUCUAUCUAUCUAUCUAUCUAUCUAUCAGUCUUUUUUUAUUUUAUUUUAUUUCAUCUUAUCUAUCUAUCUAUCUAUCUAUCUAUCUAUCUAUCAGUCUUUUUUAUUUUAUUUUAUUUUAUCUAUCUAUCUAUCUAUCUAUCUAUCUAUCUAUCUUUUUUAUUUUAUUUUAUUUCAUGUUAUCUAUCUAUCUAUCUAUCUAUCUAUCUAUAGUCUUUUAUUUUAUUUUAUUUCAUGUUAUCUAUCUAUCUAUCUAUCUAUCAGUCUUUUUAUUUUAUUUUAUUUCAUGUUAUCUAUCUCAUCUAUCUAUCUAUCUAUCUAUCAUUCUUUUAUUUUUUUUAUUUUAUUUUAUCUAUCUAUCUAUCUAUCUAUCUAUCUAUCUAUCUUUUAUUUUAUUUCAUGUUAUCUAUCUAUCUAUCUUUUUAUUUUUUAUUUUUUAUUUUAUUUCAUGUUAUCUAUCUAUCUAUCUAUCUAUCUCUAUCUAUCUAUCAUCUUCUAUCUAUCUAUCAGUCUUUUAUUUUAUUUUUAUUUCAUGUUAUCUAUCUAUCAUUUUCUAUCAUCAGUCUUUUUUUUUAUUUUAUUUCAUGUUAUCUAUCUAUCUAUCUAUCUAUCUAUCAGUCUUUUAUUUUAUUUUAUUUCAUUUUAUCUUCUAUCUUCUAUCUAUUUUUAUUUUUUAUUUUAUUUAUCUAUCUAUCUAUCUAUUCAUUCAUCAGUCUAUUUUAUUUUUAUUUCUAUUAUCUAUCUAUCUAUCUAUCUAUCAGUCUUUUAUUUUAUUUUUAUUUCAUAUCUAUCUAUCUAUCUAUCUAUCUAUCUAUCUAUCUAUCAGUCUUUUUAUUUUAUUUUAUUUCAUGUUUUAUCUAUCUUCUAUCUAUCUAUAUCUAUCUAUCUAUCAGUCUAUCUAUCUAUCUAUCUAUCAGUCUUUUUUUAUUUUAUUUUAUUUCAUUUUAUCUAUCUAUCUAUCUAUCUAUCUAUCUAUCAGUCUUUUUAUUUUAUUUUAUUUCAUGUUAUCUAUCUAUCUAUCUAUCUAUCUAUCUAUCUAUCAGUUUUUUAUUUUAUUUUAUUUCAUGUUAUCUAUCUAUCUAUCUAUCUAUCUAUCAUCUAUCAGUCUUUUUAUUUUAUUUUAUUUCAUGUUAUCUAUCUAUCUAUCUAUCAUCUAUCAGUUUUUUAUUUUAUUUCAUGUUAUCUAUCUAUCUAUCUAUCUAUCUAUCUAUCAUGUUAUCUAUCUAUCUAUCUCUUUCUAUCAGUUUUUUUUUUUAUUUUAUUUCAUAUUUAUCUAUUAUUAUCUAUCUAUCUAUCUAUCUAUCAUCUUUUUUUUUUUAUUUUAUUUCAUAUCUAUCUAUCUAUCAUCUCUUUUCUAUUUUUUAUUUUAUUUUAUCUAUCUUCAUCUAUCCUAUCUAUCUAUCAGUCUUUUUAUUUAUUUUAUUUCAUGUUAUCUAUCUAUCUAUCUAUCUAUCUAUCUAUCAUCUAUCUAUCAGUCUUUUUUUAUUUUAUUUUAUGUUAUCUAUCUAUCUUCUAUCUAUCUAUCAGUCUUUUUAUUUUAUUUUAUUUCAUGUUAUCUAUCUCUAUCUAUCUAUCUAUCUAUCUAUCUAUCAGUUUUUUAUUUUAUUUUAUUAUCUAUCUAUCUAUCUAUCUAUCUAUCUAUCUAUCUAUCAGUCUAUUUAUCUAUCUAUCUAUCUAUCUAUCUAUCUAUCUUUUUUUAUUUUAUUUUUAUUUCAUGUUAUCUAUCUAUCUAUCUAUCUAUCUAUCUAUCUAUCUAUCUUCUUUUUUAUUUUAUUUUAUUUCAUGUUAUCUAUCUUUUCUAUUUCUAUCUAUCUAUCUAUCAGUUUUUAUUUUAUUUUAUUUCAUGUUAUCUAUCUAUCUAUCUAUCUAUCAUCUAUCUAUCUAUCUUUUUUUAUUUUAUUUUAUUUCAUGUUAUCUUAUCUAUCUAUCUAUCUAUCUAUCUAUCUAUCAGUUUUUAUUUUAUUUUAUUUUAUGUUAUCUAUCUAUUAUUCUCAUCUAUCUAUCUAUCUAUCUAUCUAUCAGUCUUUUUUUUAUUUUAUUUCAUAUUUCUAUCUAUCUAUCUAUCUAUCUAUUUUAUUUUAUUUCAUGUUAUCAUCUCUAUCUAUCUAUCUUUUUCAUUUUUUUAUUUUAUUUUUAUUUCAUGUUAUCUCUAUUAUCUAUCUAUCUAUCUAUCUAUCUAUUUAUUUUAUCUAUCUAUCUAUCUAUCUAUCUAUCAUCUAUCAGUCUUUUUUUUUUUUUUUUAUCAUGUUUUAUUUUCUAUCUAUCUAUCAGUCAGUUUUUAUUUUAUUUUAUUUCAUGUUAUCAUCAUUCAUCUUUCAUCUAUCUAUCUAUCUAUCUAUCUAUCUAUCAGUCUUUUUAUUUUAUUUUAUUUCAUGUAUCUAUCUAUCUAUCUAUCAGUCUUUUUCAUUUUAGUUUUUAUUUUAUUUUAUUUCAUGUUAUCUAUCUCUAUCUAUCUAUCUAUCUAUCAGUCUUUUUAUUUUAUUUCAUUUUUAUCUAUUAUCUAUCUAUCUAUCUAUCAGUCUUUUUAUUUUUAUUUUAUUUUAUUUCAUUUAUCUAUCUAUCUAUCAUCAGUCUAUCUAUCUAUCUAUCUAUCUAUCAUCAGUCUUUUAUUUUAUUUUAUUUCAUGUUAUCUAUCUAUCUAUCUAUCUUAUUUUAUUUUAUUUCUAUCUAUCUAUCUAUCUAUCUAUCUAUCUAUCUAUCAGUCUUUUAUUUUAUUUUUUUUCAUUUUAUUUUAUCUAUCUUCUAUCUAUCUAUCUAUCUUUUUAUUUUAUUUUAUUUCAUGUUAUCUAUCUAUCUAUCUAUCUAUCAUCUGUCUUCUUUUAUUUUAUUUUAUUUCAUGUUAUCUAUUUUAUUUUAUCUAUUCUAUCAGUCUUUUUAUUUUAUUUAUUUCAUGUUAUCUAUCUAUCUAUCUAUCUAUCUAUCUAUCUAUCUAUCAGUCUUUUUAUUUUAUUUUAUUUCAUGUUUUUAUUAUCUAUCUAUUUUAUCUAUCUAUCAGUUUUUUUUAUUUUAUUUUAUUUAUUUUUCAUCUAUCUAUCUAUCUAUCAGUUUUUUUAUUUUAUUUUAUUUCUGUUAUCUAUCUAUUUAUCUAUCUAUCUAUCUCUAUCUAUCUAUCAGUCUUUUUAUUUUAUUUUAUUUCAUGUUAUCUAUCAUUCAUUCUAUCUAUCUAUCUAUCUAUCUAUCUAUCUAUCUAUCUAUCAUCUAUCUAUCUAUCAGUUUUUUUAUUUUUUUUAUUUUAUUUUAUUUCAUUUUAUUUUAUUUCAUAUCUAUCUAUCUAUCUCAUUCUUAUCUAUCUAUCUAUCUAUCUAUCUAUUUUUUUAUUUUAUUUUAUUUCAUGUUAUCUAUCUAUCUAUCUAUCUAUCUAUCUAUCAGUCUUUUUUUAUUUUAUUUUAUUUCUGUUAUCUAUCUAUUCAUCUAUCUAUCAUCUUUUUUUUUUAUUUUAUUUUAUUUCAUGUUAUCUAUCUAUCUAUCUAUCUAUCUAUCUAUCAGUCUUUUUAUUUUAUUUUAUUUCAUGUUAUCUAUCUAUCUAUCUAUCUAUCUAUCUAUCUGUCUAUCUAUCAUCUAUCUAUUUCUAUCAGUUUUUAUUUUAUUUUAUUUCAUGUUAUCUAUCUAUCUAUCUAUCUAUCUAUCAGUCUUUUUAUUUUAUUUUAUUUCAUGUUAUCUAUCUAUCUAUCUAUCUAUCUAUCUAUCUAUCAGUCUUUUUAUUUUAUUUUAUUUCAUGUUAUCUAUCUAUCUAUCUAUCUAUCUAUCUAUCAGUCUUUUUAUUUUAUUUUAUUUCAUGUUAUCUAUCUAUCUAUCUAUCUAUCUAUCUAUCUAUCUAUCUAUCAGUUUUUUAUUUUAUUUUAUCUAUCUAUCUAUCUAUCUAUCUAUCUAUCAGUCUUUUUUUUAUUUUAUUUCAUAUCUAUCUAUCUAUCUAUCUAUCUAUCUAUCAGUCUAUUUUCUAUCUUCUAUCUAUCUUUCUAUCUAUCAGUUUUUUAUUUUAUUUUAUCUAUCUAUCUAUCUAUCUAUCUAUCUAUCUAUCAGUUUUUUAUUUUAUUUUAUCUCUAUCUAUCUAUCUAUCUAUCUAUCUAUCUAUCUAUCAGUCUUUUUAUUUUAUUUUAUUUCAUGUUAUCUAUCUAUCUAUCUAUCUAUCUAUCUAUCUAUCUAUCUACCAGUCUUUUUAUUUUAUCUAUCUAUCUAUCUAUCUAUCUAUCUAUCUAUCUAUCUAUUAG